UUAAUCUAAUUGGUUGAUUGAUGAGUCCAUGUUGUUCAGCUGGAAGGCAAAACGUGUAUAGGGCCUUUCCUCUGAGUCUAUUCUGGUCAUAUCUCCUUCCUGCCUCCGCUCUGUUACAUCUCAAAUCCUAUUUGCCGUCCUAGUAUACCUGCCCGAUGGCAGAGAUUUAGUGCAUUUAACUUAGGUACCAAGUUUAUUUCAUCGUUUACAAUCGAGCCCCACUUUGACGCAUUGAUCGCUGCUUUGGAUCGCUCCAAACUCUUCGUGCCAUUUGACGCGCUUUUUAUUUUAAUAUAGGAAGGACCAAUUUUAAACUCUUUCACAGACCACAUGUGAACGCGACCCGCGCAAACAUCGACACACUACGGUUUGUAUUCGUAAAGGACUCUCAAUGGUGAUGCGGAUUGAAGGAUGAUGGCAGACCCCCGAGCGCAAGAGACGGUGCCGCUGCACGUCAAGGAGUCGCCUUUCUCCAUCAAGAACCUCCUCAACAUCGACAACAAGCCCGCCAAGCCCAGGACGUUCCCGCCACCCUCCAGGGGACUAUUCGAAGGGAGUAUCUUCUCCCGGAUCGGAGACCUAACUUUUCCCCGGUUUGAGUUCCCGUCUCAGCGGGUCGGACUAGCAGCCUCCGCCUGGUGGAACCCCUACACCCUGGGCGCCAUGGGCCACCUCAGAACCUCAGUAGGCCUCUCAGAGAGAUGCGGUGUUCGAGACUCGCCGCCGGCCAGGGAGCGACACUCCCCGGCUAUCCUCCUCCACAAAAGUGAACCUGAUCUCAAAGAGGAAGAGGACGACAAAAGCACCUCAGAAGACAUUGUCCUGGAGGAGAGCGACACCGAAGACCCCAAACACGACGGAACGCGGGGGGACGACUGGAAGAACCUAGACGAUGCCUCGGACAAGAAAGCUUGCCGGAAGAAGAAAACGCGCACCGUGUUCUCCAGGAGCCAGGUGUUCCAGCUGGAGUCCACCUUUGACCUGAAGCGCUACCUGAGCAGCUCCGAGCGGGCCGGAUUGGCGGCCUCGCUGCACCUCACAGAGACCCAGGUGAAGAUCUGGUUCCAGAACCGGAGGAACAAGUGGAAGAGGCAGCUGGCGGCCGAGCUGGAGGCAGUCAGUCUGAGCCACGCCACGGCCCAGAGGAUCGUGCGUGUGCCCAUCUUGUACCACGACAACGGAGGUUCCGAGACUGGGAGCUCCGCAGGAAACUCCCCGAGCGGCCAGUCGCUCCUGUCGUUUCCGCACCCGAUGUACUAUUCCCACCCCAUCGUGACGUCCGGCCCCUUGCUCAGGCCCGUCUAGGUCCCGGUGGUUGUUUAUCGCAGUUCUUUUCUUUUUGGAAAUUCAUAGAAACUUGCAGAGAA